UAUUCUGUUGUACCUGUGAAAGGGAAGCUCUACAGACUUCUUCCAUCGCAUUCGCCUCCACCUCCACCUCCAAGAGGCGGUUAUUUCUUCCACCUGUGCUGUGGCCUUGAAAAAGCUUCAGCCUCAUCGCUUCCAUGUGAAACUCGCUGUUUCGAUUUGUUAGUGGUGAUAUUUUGGGGAAUUUCUUCGAUACGAAGCUCCAAGUGGUUGUUUCUGAAGGUUCGAUUGCGAUUGCGGAGAGAUUGCCAUCACUAGGGCAUGCUUCGGUAUGCAUUUUUUUGUUUCGGUUGUGUAGAAGCAAGACUUCAGAGUAAUCUCAGUUAUUAGCUUUGCAUCUCUUUUAAUGCACGCAACGGUAACUGGAAGCCCCCGGUACUCUUGUCCAGCCAUUAAUGCCUUCUUCUAGGUGGAUUCUUCUACGAUGGAAAUCACUAGUAUCGACUCAGGUAAUGGUGCAGAAAAUGAAGAAACCACCACACCAUAUUACGAGAGCUAUGUAUUAUCCAAAGGAAAAACCAUGGUGUGGCGAAGAUGCAGAAGAAAGUUUGGGCCAGGGGUGAAUCUGAUAACAAAUACUGGGAGUUCGUCAAUGGUGAGAAUAACCAGCCGGGAAUUAUACCUCCUAAACAUGCAUGUCUUAUUCAACGCCAUUCCAAAGCAUAUUACAACUAUGGAAGAAAAGUACGCUCUACGUUGCUUCGAGUCGAUACGAAAGUGUGCAUUGAGGUCAGCAGCUAGGAAUUUCGACACAAAAGUGGGCGCGAAUAUGUUAUCCGAGGCGAGUAAUUUUGCAGCAAUCGACAAUUUGAGCUCGAAUAGUAUGGGUACAUUAGCUAUUGAAAGUCCAUCAGGUGUUGGUAGCCAUGUAGCUGCAAACUCUUCCGGUGAUUGGAAUAUUGGAACUGUUUCCGGCAGCCCGAGUAUGAUUAACAUCUUGAAGAGCCCGCUGCUUCAAAAGUUUGGUUCUGUUGAUGUAAAUGUGAUUUCUGGACAAACCGAUUUACGACAGAAGGAAGUGAGCAUUCUUGAUAAUACAUACUUGCCCCGACCCAUGCAUAGAAAGGAUGCUUCGAUAUCAACCACUACCUCAACUUCAUCUGAUGAGUCGUCGUCUCCUGCAUACAGUGCCCUGUUUCAAGGAAUGCUUCAGUGUGUGUGGAAGGAUCGACUUCCCUACCACAUCUUCACCAUGGAUGAUAAACGGGAAGUCUAUGUGGCAACUGCAGAGACUUCAAGUCGUAUAAAAUCUUCUGAUUUCAUAUACACCUUCCGAUUCAAAAGAGAUGCCGAGAAGGAAUGUGAUAACAAUCUCCACGAGCUCGAUCUUGAAAUCGUUGCCAAAAUGCAAGUUUCUACUUCCAUCACACUAUCUUCGAGUGAGUCUGAGGUAUGGGAGACUCAGUUUGUUCUAUCUGUUUCGAGCCAUUCUGGGGAGACACAGUACUCAGACAAUUCGAUUGGGGCGAAGAACAAGAGAUUGGCAAGGAAAGUGAAGAAUGCUUUCCGGUCGAGCCAUUUUACCAAGCAGAGAUCCCGAUCAGGACUCCUGGGAUCAUCAAGCUUUGUUUUCAAAGAUACGUGUGUAGCAGAUAGUGACGCCCGGAAUUUUGAGUUGGCCACCAUUGUUGUUAAGGACACGUACCGAAAUUACAAGAAAGCUGAACUUGGAGGUUGGGGAUUGAAGUUUCUUAAAAAGUCGAGAAACAACCCAUCCUUGGAUACCUUCCAAAGCAGCGAAGAAUGCACCACAGUGAUAAUACCGGCAGGCAUCCAUGGUGGACCGAAUCCGUCUAGCCUUACAGAAAGGUGGAUAUCGGGUGGACAUUGCGACUGUGGGGGAUGGGAUCUUGGCUGCCCCGUAAGGAUUCUUAAUGCCACGUCGAACACAGAAGAUUAUUCAUUUUCUUCCAAUAUCGGCAAGACCAAAACAGUGGAUAUCUUCUUAGAGGGUUCGAAGCACAGCUUAGCUCCGGCGAUGAAGAUGGUGAGUAUCCGUGAAGGUCUGUAUUAUAUUCGUUUUCAGCCAACUCUAUCGGCGCUGCAGUCGUUUGCUGUUGCUGUUGCAAUUAUUCAUUCUCGAACUCAAAUUGGUCCCUCCAACAAGAAUGGAGGGCGUAGAUGGUAAUGACUGACUCAGAAACACAAUCCAUCCAUUAUUUUACUGGAUUUUGCACUUUGGAGGUUAGUCUAGUGUUUGAAUUUUGAACUCAAACUAUUUAUUUGAGGUUGGUUAAGAUUGGAUAUAAUUAGGUUAUCUGUGGGAAUUUAAUUUGGUUUUGGAUGUUUUAACAUGUGAUAUUAAUGCUGAUUUGAGGAA